ACAAGUUACACAACAAAAGAAAAAGGGGGGAAAAUGUGGCGGUUAGUUCGCAAAGACAGUAGAACAAUGACAUGUUUUCUCUUCACUCAAUCACUCUUCCUCGCCUCUGCCUCUCAUAAUUCUCACUCUUUCAUUUCCAAACCCUCUCACUCUUUCCGCAGUCCUCUUCCCCAACGCUCUUCUGUUUUUCUCCACCCAAUUGCCAGCUCUGCAAGUUUGGCUUUUUGUUCCAAGCCUGGAAGCCAAUCGAGAGUAGUGUCAACCAAAAGCAUGCAAAAUUCGGACUCUAUAUCGUACCUGACACAGCGCCAAGCUGCCGAGAUCGAUGAGACCCUCAUGGGUCCUCUUGGGUUUAGUGUCGAUCAAUUAAUGGAAUUGGCUGGUUUGAGCGUGGCUGCUGCCAUAGCAGAGGUCUACAAAUCAAGUGAGCAUAAUCGUGUGCUUGCUAUUUGUGGCCCUGGGAACAAUGGUGGUGAUGGUCUUGUUGCUGCUCGCCAUCUGCUUCACUUUGGGUAUAAACCUAUUAUUUGUUAUCCGAAAAGAACUCCCAAGCCUCUGUAUGAUGGGCUUGUUACUCAGCUAGAAUCACUCUCAGUCCCUUUCAUCUCCGUUGAAGAUUUGCCUUUAAACUUGUCGGAGGACUUUGACAUUAUUGUUGAUGCAAUGUUUGGGUUCUCGUACCAUGGUUCCCCAAGGCCUCCCUUUGAUGGUUUGGUCCAAAUGCUUGUUUCUCUACGGAAUUUUGAUGAAACACAUCAAAAAACCCCUGCUAUUGUCUCUGUGGACAUUCCAUCCGGGUGGCAUGUUGAAGAAGGAGACAUUGGUGGUGAAGGCAUCAAACCUGACAUGUUGGUUUCUUUGACUGCUCCGAAGUUGUGUGCAAAAAAAUUUUCUGGCCCACACCACUUUCUGGGUGGCAGAUUUGUACCUCCACUAAUUGCUGAAAAGUACAAACUACAUCUUCCAUCAUAUAGUGGAACUUCUAUGUGUGUUCGGAUUGGGAAACCUCCAAAAAUUGAUGUAUCAGCUCUGAGAGAGAAUUACAUUUCUCCUGAGUUCCUUGAGGAAGAAGUGGAAUCUGACCCAAUAAAUCAGUUCCGCAAGUGGUUUGAGGAAGCAGUGGGUGCUGGAUUAAAAGAACCAAAUGCCAUGGCCUUGUCAACUGCCGGAAAGAAUGGAAAAGUCUCAUCACGAAUGGUAUUGCUAAAAGGGUUUGAUGAGAAUGGUUUUGUCUGGUACACCAAUUAUGAGAGUCAAAAGGCUCAUGAAUUAUCAGAAAAUCCUCAUGCAUCGCUUCUUUUUUAUUGGGAUGGAUUAAAUCGGCAGGUAAGAGUGGAAGGAUCUGUUCAGAAAGUUUCUGAUGAGGAAUCUGAACAAUACUUUCAUUCCCGUCCUCAAGGAAGUCAAAUCGGAGCAAUAGUUAGCAAGCAGAGUACAGUAGUUCCCGGAAGGAAUGUUCUAUAUGAAUUAUAUAAAGAAUUAGAGGAAAAAUACUCCGAUGGUGUGAUUCCAAAGCCUAAACACUGGGGAGGAUACCGGCUUGAACCUGAGCUGUUUGAGUUUUGGCAAGGACAGAAGUCUCGAUUGCAUGACAGACUGAGGUACUCCCCUGAGGAAACCAAUGGAGAACGAGUAUGGAAAGUUGAACGUUUAGCUCCCUGACUAUUAUUUUCAGCUUCAUCGCUGUGAACUUUGCUGCUAGCAGUAUAGAGCAAUUUAUAAUGUGCAAUGGUAUUGGAAUGGUGUAUAACGAAAUGGAAGUUGAUUGCUUGUAACUUCACAAUGGUAUUGGAAGCAUUUUAAUAUUACUUUGUGUGGCCUAUGAAAAAUGCAUAUAAUUGGAACUCUUAGACACCAAAAUAAGAGUUAAUGUGGGGGUAUUAUGUAUCUUAUCAUUCAUAGUACUUUAUUAUUGUCCUUUUUUACGUUAUUGAAAUAAAAGUUCUUACCUUAUGUGCAUCA